GGAUCACUGGACUUGGUCGUCACUCCUCACUAACUAGCUAGAGGGUUUCCUAAGCGAGCCUCUCGAUCUUGACCCCUCUCUCCUUGCACUUGUUGGUGUAAAAACUGCACGACCGUGUCCGGAUGGGGCGAUCGCCGUGCUGCGAGAAGGAGGCCGGGCUGAAGAAGGGUCCGUGGACGCCGGAGGAGGACCAGAAGCUGCUCUCGCACAUCGAGCAGCACGGCCACGGCUGCUGGCGCUCGCUCCCCGCCAAGGCAGGGCUGCGCCGGUGCGGCAAGAGCUGCCGGCUCCGGUGGACCAACUACCUGCGGCCGGAUAUCAAGAGGGGCAAGUUCACCCUCCAGGAGGAGCAGAGCAUCAUCCAGCUCCACGCGCUCCUCGGGAACAGGUGGUCGGCGAUCGCGACGCACCUGCCGAAGCGCACGGACAACGAGAUCAAGAACUACUGGAACACGCACCUCAAGAAGCGGCUGGCCAAGAUGGGCAUCGACCCGGUCACGCACAAGCCGCGCGCCGACGCCGACGCCGGCUCCGGCACCGGCGCGCGCUCCAGGGUCGCGGCGCACCUCAGCCACACGGCGCAGUGGGAGAGCGCGCGCCUCGAGGCCGAGGCGCGCCUGGCGCGCGAGGCCAAGCUCAGGGCUCUCGCCUCGCCGCAGCCCGCGCCCGCAUCGGCAGCCAGUGUGCUCGACUCGCCGACGUCCACGCUGAGCUUCUCGGAGAGCGCACUGUUCGGCGCCGGCGCCGCGCGCACCCCUGUUCAGCCCGUGCAGUCAUACGGGGACGCCUGCGAAGAGCAGCAGCGCUUCGGCGGCGGCGGCGGGGAGACGGGCUUUGCGGGAUCCGGGAUCACGUUUGCGAGCGUCCUUCUCGACUGCUCUGUUGCCGCCGGCACGGAACAGAGGCUCCUUAAGAUGGCAGAGGAUGAGGUGGGGGAGCUGGAGGACAAGGGCUACUGGAGCAGCAUACUGAACAUGGUCAACUCGUCCAUGUCCUCGUCGUUGACCUCCGAGGUGGCGGCGGACGACCCCGAGAUGUACUUGCCGGCGGCGGCGGCGGCGGCGGGAGAAUUCUGAGUGCCCAAGACGCCUAGACCUGCAUGCCUGCAUUCACACAGUAAAGCGUUUGUGCGUGCCUUGUCGUGGAAUGACGAACUAGUGGCAGUGCUAAUGUUAAUUUCCAGCGUGUUGUUAGGUUCGUUCCGACGUGCUUUGGUUUAAUCCGUGUGGAAUAAACUUUGUACUGUACUGAUUUACGAAUAGUUUGUUUAUCUGUGUCUUGUCUGAUGUAGCUUGAUCAACAAAGGGUGGUUUCUUUA